GCACGGCCUGCGUUUUAGUUUCCGAACUCCAGUUGUUUGUGCGAUCGCCUGAUAAAGCACGAUAGCAGGCCGUUCUGCUCUCGCUCUCGUGCUCUCUCGGUUCCUUGUGCAUUCCGAUGGAGGACGCGCCGCCGCCAUCUCCGACGACUCCUGCUGAGUCUGCCGCUGGGUCCCCGGUGGAUCGCCGGUCCUGCAACCUUCGCCGCGGCCUGACACGCUCCCGGUCCCGAUCCCACUCCUCCUCCAGCUCCGCCUCCCCCUCGCCCCGAUCCUCCGCCGUACCAUUCUCCUGGGAGCAGCGCCCUGGAAUCCCGAAGCCUCUCUCCGCUGUCCUCCCGGCAACCGCCGACUCCGCCGUUGCUCAUCCCCUCCUCCCCCUCCCGCCCCCGGUCCGCUCCCACUCCGAUCUUAUCCCCACUCCGCGCAAGAAGCGCUCCGCCGCCUCCGGCCGGGGUGAAGCUGCCUCCGCCGACCCCUUCGCCUCCGCGCUCGCCCUCUGCGCCAAGGGCGCCCUUCCCGCCAACGACGACAACGUGGACGACGAGCUCUGUGACGUGGCCGACGCCGCCGCCGCCUCCUCGCGUCGAUCGGCGGCAACCGUUACCCAUCGCUUCCGGAUCUUGGACUUCUACGGCUCCUGCAAAGCGACGUGCGCGGUGGUGGAUGCGACGGUCCGCCUCCCUCGGUCUGGUUCGUUGGGUUUGCUCAGCCGCCGGUCCUGAUCGGCCGGUCAAUGUCACACGUCCCCAGAUAAGUAAAUAAACAAUUCCUCGAUUGGGUGUUAAACUAUCUUGUCAAUUCACCACUUGCUUGAAAUCAGUUCAUCUCACCUAAUCCAAAUCGAAACCAUAAAUUUUAGUGUAAUUUAGACCAUGAAUCACGUGUUACCAUGCUCGAACAAUAAACACCUGGGAAUUGUCAAUGCUAAAGAUUAAUUACAAGAAGCUAAUUUAUAUUGCCAGAAAAAUAAAAAAUUGGAAACAAAAAAAAAAUUAUGAUCCAAGAAUUCUAUAGCUCUUUGCUUGUGUUUGGUGGGACAAGCUAUAUAUUUUCUUUGUAUUUCGAGGGGAAAACCCGAAAAGAAAAAAAAGGUCCCUCUAGGCUCUAGCUGUUAUAUUGCAGUAGAAAGUGGUAGGCCACAUCUAUAUCUUUAGUGCAUUCAAGAUAGAGCCAUGCUUGGAAAGUGGUGCAAGGUGUGCCGAGUUGGGGUCAAACUGAGGCAUCAAUCUCAUGAUCACUUUUGUUACCAAAAGGACUUGACCAGUGAUUACUUUAACUUUUUGAGAAUUUAAUAUUCCGAAUUUUGAUGAAAAAACAUAUAUUUUGAAGGUUAAAAGGGUGGGAAAGAUUUACUUGUCAGUAUCUAGUUCUAGUUCUCAGUUGAACCAACUUGUCUCAGAAUUAUGCAUCAGUUCAUUCUCAAAAUCGCUCAAUGAGACCUUGUCUUGUUCCCCAAAAUAUUGUUUCCUAUUACUGCUUGGUUUAAUUUCUCUGAAAACAUUGUGCAUUUAUUCUGUUAAAUAUAUUAUUAAAUGGACUCGAAGGUAAAGGAAGGCAGGCAUAUCAGGGAUAGUGAGAGGAUAAGAAGGAUACUUUAUUCUCAAUCCCUAGUUCUACUUUCCUCCCAAUAUACUAAUUUGGUUCUUGAAAAACAAUAAAAACAAAAAACAAUCUUCAAACUUUUCCAAAUAAUUGCGUAACUUUUGUAUUUUUUUUUCCUUGAAGGUAAAAUUCUCAAAAUCCAUUAGUGUUGACUUCCCAUUGACUACAGAAAUAAAUAAACAUUGAAUGAGAUCUUUGUUUGAGCGGUUAGGACUUCAUUCCCUAACUUGCAAAGUUAAUGAUGUCUUUCCUGAUGGUUCUUGUGUUGGAUCUCUUCUCUUGUCCUCUUGAUAAUGAGACGGUAGUUCUUUCUUCCCAUUCUCCCCUCGUGCAUGGGCAAGUAUCCUUGUCAGUUCGUUGUAUGACUUGAAUGGUUCUUACUCUUUUUGCUGAGGUUAGGCAUGCUUUUUGCCUGAUCACAGCUUGCAGGGCCUGCAUGAAUCUCUAUACCUACUAUGCUCGCGUUGAUCUUGACCAUGGCCAAUGUAAAUCCUCCACAGCUCUUACACGGGGAGCCACAACAUAGAAAUCUUGGUUCCAGUAAAUCUGGAACUCGAUAACCAAUUUGAAAGGGAAAAAAAAAAGUAAAAAAAGGAGAAAAUGAAGAGAGAGUGCUAGGAUAAAAUUAUUCAGCAUUCCAAGCAUCACUACUGUUCGAUCAAAGGGAAGGCUCAUUCCCAACAACAGCGUUGCUCCUCUUUAACGACUAUUUUAAAAUUGGUUUUGGUAACCAAUUGAUCGAAUAAAUCCUAUUGGAACUAUUUCUCAGAUAAAUAAAUAAAAUUAAUAUCUAAUAUUACUUAAAUGAUAAAAGGCAUUAAUUCUUACACAGAGUGUGAUCUAUACAUAGUUAUUUAGGAGGGUCAAUUUUGAUGAAUUCAGAUAGAAGCAAAGAUCAGAUCCAAAUCCAAACACAAAUCAAAAAAUUUAAAUCUGAACCCGAUAAUCUGAUUAAAAAAGAUUUUUUUUGUAUUAUCUUUCCUAUUAUUUUUUAUUUUUAUCGUAAUAUUUCAAGAUUAUCGGAUUAAAUGUUGUUAUGUAUAUAAAAUAUUUCAAUUUUUAAAAUAAAAUUUAGUUUAAUCUUAAAAAAAAUUCUAAUCCUAAAUUUAAGUCACGAUCAAUUCAAAUCCAAUCAUAUCCUAAUACAAUUUGAUGUCGCUCACUAGAACAUUCCCCGUCGCUGAAAUUUAAUUCAAGCAACGAAAUUUAAUCCUAAAAUAAAUGAAUUCCGCGGAAAUCGAGUAAUGAUUCGGCUAUUAAAAAAACUAAUAACAAGGACUGUAAAAUAUCAUACAAUAAUAGUGGUAAAAGGUACAUCUGUUUUUUCCAGCAUCUUCGUCAAUUUGUCUGAUCAAUACGAAAAAAAUAAAUUAUGAAUAACUACUAAUCUUUAAAAUAAUAAUUAAUACAUAAAAAAAUAAAUAUUUAUUACAAUUUUAUUGAAAUUCAAACCUUGAGCCAU